AUGUCUCAUUUCUCACUUUCUUUCUUUCAGGAGGAUGAGCUCAUUAUGAGUUUGGUUGCACAACAUGGAACCAAGAACUGGUCGCUCAUUGGUUCUCAUCUGCAAUUUCGCAGUGGAAAGCAGUGCAGAGAGAGAUACAAGAAUCAGCUUGAUCCAACCAUCCGUCGUGGACCGUGGACUCCCGAGGAGGACAGGGCAAUUGUUGCUGCGCAAGAACGGCUUGGCAACCGUUGGACUGAAAUCGCAAAGUUGCUUCCUGGACGCACGGACAAUGCCAUCAAGAACCACUGGAACUCAACCUUGUACCGCAAA